UGUACUCCAUUUACCGCCGGCGUGUGUUCAGACAUCGGCGCGAUAGUGAUGUCAUUAUUGUGAAAGUUCAAAAGGCAAAAAAAAAUACCUUCCGAAACGGUUUCGGUCCAGUGGGCGAUCUCCGGACGAAGGCGUGUAAUUUUCGCGCAAAACAAAGCGUAGGAGGAAUCGUCGUGGCCGGACUUGGCUUGGCGGUUUAUCCUGUUCAUUCGAAAUCGGUUGCCAGUGCGAUUCCAGCGUGUAUGGCGAACAUGGCCGGCUCAUCGUUGUGGUGCGUUUUGGCGCUCGGCGCCGUCUUUGUCGCCGCUCAACAGGGCAACGUCUCGACCGCACACACCGUAGACGAAUUCGUCCGUUCACUGAUGGAUAUGAUAAACUCGGCUAUAAGCACCGACGCCAGAUAUGCUCAAUUUUCUACGGCCAACGCCGUAGCCGACAAUUCCAUUUCACGACCCAACCAAAGACCGUUGGAGUCGCAAUCCUUUCAACCGGGUGGUCGGCCGCUGAAAUUUUUGGAUUACCUUCAGGGCCUGCAGAACCUCCAGAACCAACCUUAUGCGCCAACCGAUUUCGCACAACCCGGGUUCGCUCCCAACGGUCGACCUUAUCCGCCGCCAGACUUUGCACAGAACGGCGGUGGACCUGUACCGGGAUUCGCUCCACAACCCGGUGGACCGUUCCCACCGCUAGGCCGACCCCCUUAUCCGCCGCCACAACAGCAACACGGUCGACCUCCGCCGUAUCCCUAUCCCUAUCCGAACCGACCGGGACAAUACCCUCAGUCGAAUUCCGUCUUGCAGGCGUUGGCUUCGAUAUCGCAACACGACGACCUUAGGUGCGUGCCGAGGUUGCUGUGUGAAGUUUCGUCGGGCACGAGGUCUUCCAACUACUACAGACCGAGUUACCAACAGCAACAGGGCCAGUCGUCCAUACCGUUCCUCACCAGAGACGCUCUGAUCACGUUGCUGACGGUGUUGAACUUCGUGGACGACUCGCCCCUGCUGAUGUUCGGCCGGGCCGCGCUUCUGGGCUACAACUCCCGCAACGAUCCCCGGUCGUGCCUGGCCGCGUACCCCACGUGCCCGCGGGACCCGGACCGGCUGAUCGACUAUCUGAACAACCACAACGGCGGGUUCUUCAGGUUCUUCAACCAGCAGAUACCGCAGUACGCGCCGCAAUACGCGCAACAGUACAACGCCUACAAGACGCGGGCCGACAAGGAGCUGCGGCCGCGGAUCCUCAGCGGUCAGCCCAGCCAGUACUACGAGGUGCCGUCCGCCUACGACCUGCCCCUGCAGUCGGCCACCAACAAGCCGGCCGUGUUCCCGGACUACAUCAACGGCGGCACGUACGCCAACAGCUACGUAUCCCAGUUCAAGUUCCCGUCCAACCACAGGCGGGGCAAGAAGCUGACGGAGCCGGCCAAAAUGAUUUUCCCCGACCGGACCGGCACGGGCGGUCUGCGAGCCGACCUGGACCAGUACGGCAACUACAAGGGGGCCUACUACGACGCGGAGACCGUCAAGUUCCAAGACCAAGGCCACGGCGCGUCGUCCAACAAGAUGAAGUUUCCCGACGAGUUCGAAGUGGGCAACCGCACGCCCUACAGCAAGAAGCACAAGCUCAAGUUUCCCAGCCAGGACCAGCGCGUGUAAACGCAAUAUCUGUACACCUACCCUCCCCCCCCAGACCUAGGUAGGUACCUAUUUUUUAAAUACAACACCCCCCCGUUUAAAAUAAUGCCCACCCGUGACCUAAUUUAUUGUAUUAAUAAUUUUAAGACAUUAUAAUAUUUCUUUUUCCCCCUAGAAAUAAUGAGUCGGACGGCGCACCGCGUGAUCACACAAAAACUCACACACAUUGUUUUUAUUUUUUGUUUCAAUUACAACGCUCAUUGUAUAUAAUUUAUUUUUUCUCUUUAAUUUCUAUAUAUUUACAUAUUCGUUUCCGUGUACAAAGCUUAUAACUUAUUAACGUACAAUAAUUAUCGCUGUGUUUUAUAUAUAUAUAUAUAUAAAUGUUUAUGAAUUAUAUACACCGUUAAUUAUUGUUACAUUAUAA